AGCAGCCAUUUGUCGCCGCAAUUGUGGAUUGCCGCAGAGAUCAGAUGAUCGUAGAGCAGCGAUAACCUUUGCGAACAGCAAACUCAUUAAAACACACGCCAAGUGGAGGCCACAGACAGCUCUGCCCAGCUGCCAGCAGCGCCAGUUUGGAGCGAUCUGCCAACGGGUGAGCAGCAACUGCGAAAGCCUCAGAGAAAUGCAUGCCAUAGAGACGUCCAGCAGCAGUGGGCUGGAGCCCACAUCGUACGUGCCCUGCGUGCGGUACACCAGCGGCCAGAACGGAACUGAUCUGGCGGAGCAGCGGGUGGGGGCGCUGGUGACGGAGUUAACGGCGAGGCGGCAGUUCUUCUACGGCAUCGAGGUGGUGGCCUUGCAGGGUGGCAAGCCCACCUGCCUGGACUUCAACAGCUUCCUGCCGGUGCUGCCCACCUUCGUGAGCAUUGUCUGGCUGGGCCUGGCCUACUGCCACGUGAAUCCCAUCGAUCAGGUGAAGAGCCUGCAGCUGGCCCGCAGCCUGGAGUCACGCAUUCCGGUCAUGCCGCACAUAUCCGCGUACUGCCUGUCCCAGGAGCGCCUGGAUCAGUUCCUCGCGCUCAACUUCACCAAUGUCCUGCCCAUACGCGGCGAUGCCGUUCACGAGACCCAGAACUUUCAGUACAGCUGGCAGGUGGUCGAUUACCUGCGACGGCAGCGAGGCGAGAACAUCUCCAUUUGCGUGGCCGGCUACCCCGAGGGAUACACCAGCCUGCCCGAGCGUCAGGAUCCCGUGCAGGCCAUGAAGUUUCUAAAGAAGAAGAUCGCCGCCGGAGCCGACUGCAUCAUCACUCAGAUGUGCUACCGUUCCGCGACGAUUAUCCAGUUCAUCAGGGACUGCCGCAGCGCCGGCAUAACAGUGCCCAUUGUGGUGGGUCAGACGGUGGCCGACUGCUUCCGCACCUACCGCAUGUCGGAGAAUAUCGCAGGGGUGCACCUGCCGCCCGAUCAGCGGGCGGAGCUGCUCCAACUCAAGUCCCACCCACAGCGCGUCACCCAGUUCUUCGUUCAGCUGAGCAUUCGGAUCAUUCGCGACAUCCUCGACGCCGACCUGGGUGUGUAUGGCAUUCAGUUCUAUACCUUUAACAAAUUCGAGCCCGUCUAUGAGGUGCUCAAGGAGCUGCGCUCUCUCGAUAUCCUCAAGGAUGCAGACGGCCACUAAGCUAUAGUUGAGCAAUAAAAAGAGGAAGCUAGCGAAGGUGUGGCACUCAAGGCACUCAGCAGAAAUGUA